CAGUGGACUAUCUUAUUUCGACAUUACAGUGAAAAUGGUUUUUAAACAUAAACGUCGAGUGAAAAUAUUUUCCGUUUUGGUAUGUGUGUCUGGAUUAUGUAUGUUCACUAAAUGGAGAUAUUUAACUCCAUCGCCAAUAGUGUUCAAGCCAUGUAACUUGACAGCGUUAGAUCCAUGGGACGAGUCUUUGCGGCCAUUCCUGGUGCGCCCGAAGCCACUGCAAUGUGUUGAUAAAUAUGAUUUGUUCUUUACUCGCAAAGAUGGACGCAUGUACAUGAACACCAGUCUAGCUGCAAAUCGGAAGUUACACUUACAGGGUAUGGGAUGUUGGUACCAGGCCGUUGAGCGCCUUGACGGUGAUAAACAAUUGCGGAUGGGACCCAGAAAGAGAUUGAUACUUCCGGGAGAUGCCCGAACCCUCAUAUUCUGUGUCACGCCGGAAGAAGUCCGAAGCCACAUAUUCCGUGUCACGUGCUUUAAAAACAAAACGAUAACGAAAGUGUAUGAUAUGGUUCAUGUUAAUCAUUUCUGGAACGAGUAUGCUAAACAUGCACGUGAUAUUGAAGUUGAAAAAGCGGACACCCCAAGCGUCAUCAUGCUUGGUAUUGACUCUGUGUCGCGAUCCCAUGCAAUCAGGAAUUUAAAACAAUCCUUCAAUUUCUUACGUCAUAAUCUCAGUUGUUAUGAUAUGAUUGGGCAUAGAAAAGUAGGGGACAACACGUUUCCUAAUCUCAUACCCUUACUGACCGGGAAAAGUCAUUGGAGCUUUCUUGACGUCGAGUUUCUAAAACGGUUUGCCGAUUACAUGCCGUUGCUAUGGAAUGAAAAACCAAUGGAGUCCAUAGCAACAUUUAUGGCAGAAGACAAUGCGACGUAUUCUACCUUUAACUCUGGUAAAAGCGGCUUCAAUAAAAUACCUACAGAUUAUUACUUUCGGCCUUACUCAUUGGCAAUGGAAAAAUUCGAACCAGUUUUCAGUACACCUUUAGGAAGUCUUUCUGAAAAUUGCUAUGGUGAUCGAAAUUAUUUUGACAUCCAGCUAGAAUAUUUAAAAGGAUUUUUACAAAAAUACAACAAAAAAAGAAAGUUUGCAUUUUUCUGGUCGAAUGUGGUCACACAUGACUCCUUUAAUACGGCAAGUCUGUAUGAUAACUCUUUGCUAGAAUUCCUUACAUGGAUGACCUCAGAUAUAGACAUAAACAACACAAUACUUAUAGUAUUGAGUGACCAUGGUUUUCGAAUAGGUGGCGCCUCCUUAACUCAUAUUGGGCGUGCUGAAAACAGCAACCCUUGGUUAAUGGUACAUGUUCCUGACCAUUUAACCAAGCGUUACCCGAGUAUUGGACGCAAUCUCAGGGAAAACACAAAACGUCUAGUUACUCAUUAUGACACUUAUAACACCGUUUUGGAACUUAUUCACAACACAGCUUUCCUUGAAAGACCAGAGAUACCAACCCAAGAGUAUAUGGUGAAGCGAAACAUAUUUCAUUAUAUUCCUGGGGACCGCACGUGCGCUGAUGGGGGAAUACCGGACAACACGUGCACGUGCAAAGACCGGGUACCUGUCGACAUAGAUUCUCCGGUUGUCAAACUAGCCGUCGAUGUUUUAAUUUUGCAUAUGAACAAAGUGUUAUCAAGUAAACAAAGUGAAUGUUCAAUUAUCCGUUUACAAAACAUCACAGAAGCAAGGGCUAUCUACUCAGAUAAGGAUUACGCAAACGUCAACAAAGAUUUGCAUUUAUCUUUACCACGUGUGAUAGGUGGUAUGGUGGGAUUGUCCCGAGACAUUGACAAGGAUAGCGGCCUGUAUACGGUCAGGUUCUACACUAACCCCGGUAACGCCUAUUUUGAGGGUACUGUGGAAUACUCGGCGUUUAAAGCCGGGCAUCAAGCGGACAAAGUUACUGUUGUCGGGGAGCAAAGCCGGCUGAAUCGAUACGGAGAGCAAUCUCACUGCGUCUCGGAACAACUAUACAAACAAAUUUGUUUUUGCAAAGACCUACUAUAAUUAUAUAAUUUGUAAAAUUGAUCAACGUCUGCCAAUAAAGUUUAAUCAAUAUU